AUGACAGGUCGUUACUCUUUGCGCCAGACUCCUAGGCGGUUGUUGUCGCGAACUGGAACCAUGGCUGCCCUUGCCUACCCCUCCAACGGGAAGAAGGAGCUCUUUGAGGGCAUGGUCGAGACGCCUCGCCGUGCUUCUUCCAGGCGCAAGUCUCCCGAGGUUACCACCACAGCAGAAGUCACAGAGUCGAAACCCCAGACCCGUGCCACCCCGAGACGGCGCACCACUGGCAAAUUCAGAGAGGAGAUAUCGGAUGACGAGGUUGAGAAACACCUUACGAACGGACACGCCAACGGACACGCCAAUGGACACACAAACGGGCACGUCAAGGAGGAGGAGCAUGCCGUCAACGGCAACGGUCACGCCAUCAACGGACACCUUGAGGUGAAGACGGAGAAGACCGCAGAAGCCAACGGACACAUCCACUCCGAAACGAACGAGGUGCUGCCCGCCUACAGGAAGGGCGACAUUAUCGACGGCUGGGAGGUCGGCACGGACCCCAAGGUUGACGCCUCGGGCGAGUUCGAGUUCGGCGGCAGUAUCGGCGCACUCUCGCUGAUGAUCGGUUUUCCCCUGCUCAUGUGGUAUAUGUGGAUCGGAGCCACCUACUAUGAUGGCAAGCUGCCCACCCGCGAGCAGGGCCAAAGCUGGGGCGAGUUCGGCCGCCACCUCGUGGACCUUGCCUACACCGGCGCCUUCCCCAGCCUCCGCGCCUGGCGCAUCUACUGGACCUUUUUCGUCUUCGAGGGCAUCUGCUACUGCGUCCUACCCGGCGUCUGGGCAUGGGGCAAGCCUCUCGCCCACGAGAACGGCAAGCAGCUCAAGUACUUCUGCAACGCCUAUGUCAGCUUCUACUUCACCAUCUCCGUCAUGGCUGUCCUCCACUUCACCGGUCUCUUCCCCGUCUACACCUUCAUUGACGAGUUUGGCCCCCUGAUGUCCGUGGCCAUCCUGAGCGGCUUCCUCGUGUCCUUCAUCGCCUACUUCUCCGCUCUAUUGAGGGGUGCCCAGCACCGCAUGACCGGCUACCCGAUCUACGACUUCUUCCUGGGCGCCGAGUUGAACCCUCGUAUGUUCGGCAUUCUGGACUUCAAGAUGUUCUUCGAGGUUCGCAUCCCCUGGUUCAUCCUCUUUGGCCUGAGCUGCGGCGCCGCCGCUCGCCAGUACGAGAAGUACGGCUACGUUUCGGGCGAGGUUCUCUUUCUGGUCAUGGCUCACUACCUGUACGCCAACGCCUGCGCCAAGGGCGAGCAGCUCAUCGUUCCUACCUGGGACAUGUACUACGAGAAGUGGGGCUUCAUGCUCAUUUUCUGGAACCUCGCCGGCGUGCCGCUCUCGUACUGCCACUGCACCAUCUUCCUGGCCAACCACCACCCCUCCGAGUACAAGUGGAACCCCUUCGCGCUCGCCCUCCUCUUCGCGUCGUACCUCUUCGUCUACUGGGUCUGGGACACGACCAACAGCCAGAAGAACGGCUUCCGCGCGCAGGAGCGCGGCCAGCUCGUCAAGCGCCGCACGUUCCCCCAGCUUCCCUGGCAGACUGUUAAGAACCCAAAGACAAUCACUUCGGCCAAGGGCGAUGUCAUCCUCGCCGACGGCUGGUACGGCUACGCCCGCAAAAUCCACUACACCUGCGACGCCUUCUUCGCCAUCUGCUGGGGCCUCAUCACGGGCUUCAAGAGCCCCUUCCCCUGGUUCUACCCCGUCUUCUUCUGCGGCAUGAUCGCCCACCGCGCCGCCCGCGACAUCCACCGCUGCCGUCAAAAGUACGGCGACGCCUGGGCCCAGUACGAGCGCGAGGUUCCCUACCUCUUCAUCCCCUACGUCAUCUAA